AGUUUCGGUCUAAAAGUGCUAUUUUAGCGCUGGCCACCUUCGUGGAGACCGAUGGCAGCGCCUCCUUCAUGGGCCCCGAUGGGGAGCAAGUUCUGGGAGCUGCACCGAAAGCUGGCCGAAUGCUACGAGGAAGACCUGCUGUUGGCCAAAAGCACCGCGGAGCUCGGCUGGAGCGGCCGAAGUCCAAGGGAAGACCCAGGUUCGCCUGGAUUGGAGGUGCUGGCACUGCAAUCCAUCGGAGAAGACCCAUCAGAGCCUCCCCCACCGGUCCACCUGACGGAUGUGAGGAGCUUGCCGAACUCCACUUCCGCCUCUCCAGUGUAUCCCUUCACCAAAAUGCGUUCGGCACAGUCCGCUUCGGACUUGAAGCCUUCCAGGUUGCAGACCAGCAGCUUGGAAGGGUCUCAAGACUUGGACAUGCCGAAGGCUCUUGAGCGGACCGCCUUGACGAAAGGAUCCGUGCCCUUGACCUCUCUGAAGGAACGUGCCAAGAACGCGCUGCAGCUGGCGCUGAAUCUUGGGAGUCAAUCGAUGGGCUCGGCAAGCGACCUCAACCAGCUGGCAGCGCUCGAGGUCUGGGAGGAGGACAUCCGCAAGGAGCCGGGAAGAGCCGGGGCGAAGACGACGACAUGCUCCGGCCGUCUCUUUGCUUCGCACCAGGAUUACAAGUUCUCACAGAGCAGACGACAGUCCAGAACAGCUUUGGUCACAGUGACCUCGACAUCGGUUCAGAAAGUGGAGCAGGUCCAGAAGGGAGUGCGCAGGAUGAAUGCUUUCCACCCUGCAGGCCCUUUCAAGACCUUUUGGAACAUGCUCGUGGCAGCUUGUGUGCUACAUGAUUUGGUGAUCAUCCCAGUGUAUGUCUUUGACCCCCCGGAGAACGUGCCGUUGAAAGUCUUGGAGUGGAUGACGCAAAUCUUUUGGCAAGCUGAUCUCAUCGUCGGUGCCCUCACCGGCUUCUACCGAAAGGGAACCUUGAUCCUCGAGAUCCGCAAAUCCGCAUGGCAAUAUCUAGUGACGUGGGGUACGUUUGACUUUGGCCUGGUCAUCAUGGGGUGGCUCUUCAUCUUUUUGGAUCUUGUGGAAGAUGGGUCGGAACAAGCGGAUCUGAUCGCCUGGUCGCGGACCCUGCGGGCCAUUCGCUUCUUGCGCUUCGUGCGCGUGCUACGGUGGCUGAAGCUCCGAGGGGUCACCGAGGCCUUCAAGGAGCUCUUUCAUUCCAAUACCGCGUUCUUCUACUACAGCCUCGUGAGUGCUGGCGUGCGGCUUUUGAUUUUGAAUCACUUGCUGGCUUGCUGCUGGUGGGGCGUUGCUUUGAUGAGUCCGGACCAGAACUGGGCCAGGGACAGCGGCUUGUGGCAAGCCCCAGUUCUCGACCAAUACUUGACCAGCUUGAAUUGGAGUUUCGCGAUGCUUGGUGUUGGAUUGAGCUCCGUCAAGACGACGAAUACCUUGGAGAUUGCCUUCUUUGUCAUCGUCGCCUUUCGAUCCUUGAUGACCUAUGCUACCUUGAUCAGCUCGAUUACCAGUUUGACCAGUGCUCUAAGCAAGAUCAAGGAAGAUGAGACCUCAGAGUUUCGCAUGCUGAGAUCCUACCUUACUCACAACAGCAUUGGCGCAGAGCUGAGCCACAAGAUCUCCCGCUUCUUGCAGCACCAGUACCACUUGAGACAGGAAGCGAAGUCAGCUCAUGCCAAUGUGCCGCUGUUGGAGUUGCUCUCACCAACGCUCAGACGGGAACUGGAAUAUGCGCGAAACUCUGGAUCCAUGGAGAAGUUGGGUUUCAUCGAAGAGCUCCUGCCGACGGACGACUUGCAGGUCCUGCAAGUCUUGCAGGAUUUGGCAGUGAAUGCCAUGACAGAUUUGGUGGCGGCCACGAAAGAUGUGAUUUUUUUGUGUGGCAGCAUGGCCAACCAUGCCUUCUUGAAGGUCAAUGGCCCACUCAGCUAUUUCUAUAGUCAGGACGAUGAAGAGCAGCAAGUCUCCGUGACUGAGGACUCUUGGAUCUCUGAGAUUUGUCUCUGGGCCAGCUGGGUCUAUCAAGGCGACCUCGUGGCGGAGGAUGUCUCGCGCUUAGUCCUUUUGGAAGUGAGCGCCUUUUGUCGCAUUGUCUCCCAGUGUUCUACCACCCACCGUGCUGCCAUCAAGUACAGUGACUUGUUCCUGACCACUUGGUCCACUUGGUCCAAGCAGCAGAAGGCCUGGACCGAUUUAGCACCUGACUCGAGACUGGACACGGAGUCCAUUUCCAUCUCGGACCCCAACGCGAAGGUGGGGAAGUGGACGAAGUGGGCCAAGUGCUGUUCCAUGUUGGCCUCCUUGAAGAAAAGCAAGAGAGGCCGGAACGAGGUGCAAAUUCUACCUCAGUAAAACUGAGAAACAACAAUCAUGCAGAAUCAUCUUCCACGCUCUUUUUUGCGCGUGUGAUCGUCCAACAGCCUGGGUGACACACGCUUGUCGACACACGCUUGUUGCUUCAACUGGCGCAAGUGGCGCUUUUGCCAAGAAACCUUGAAGCUUCGUCCUCCCCUGUGGUUUUCAUGGAGAACUCAUUAAGUUCCAUCAACUUCUCCAGAUAGACUGGUAGGGCUUCGCAGCCUUUGGAUGCUCAUUGCUGUUUUUGUGUUCUUUUUCCGGAGACCUCCAUGGGGGCCAAGACGAUGGGCUCGUCGAACGUCUAUCGUCGUCUCGCCGGCUUACCCCAAAGGGGGCCAGGCCCGGCCCGGCGCGGGCGCCCAAAGUCCCUGCUUGAAACCCGCGAUUUUCCCGGCUCUUGUAGGGGGGCAUGCCCAUUCACAGCUAGUCCACUGCUAGUAGCUCGGGGUGGUUGUAAACCCUCGGCUUCCCCGUUCCGCUUUUGGCGGGCUUGACCGGAACUGAGAGCCCUUGGGCGACACAGCGGAGCAAAAUCAGAAAAGAGCUGCACGCGGCGGUGAGCUUUGAACAAGUAUGCUCUUGAUUAACUCUCGGUAGAUCCUUUUGUAAUCUUUUGUAUCCUUUUUGUUCAGUCAGACGGAGCAUGUUCCUUCCAAUGAAGGCCAUUCUGCCAGCUAGCAGCUAGCAUUUGAGCUUCUGUUCCACUUCGCUUUGGGCACCGACAACUCUAUGGCAACUUGCACCGACG